AUGGCUUCCACAGAAACGCCUAACUUGUCAGAUGAUGUUAUAAAGAGGGACUUGUUACCAGAGAUAUAUCAAUGGUCAUUGAGCAACGGAUUGAUCAUGUAUCCACCGAAUUUCAAAUUGGAAAGCGUAUCAGUAGCCCCCACAACAUUAUAUCCAACGCCUGUGCCAAGACGGAGUUUUCAAGAUGCAAUUGCUGUUCAGAAGGCGUAUAAUGAAUUGUACUGUAAUGUCUCUAGAGAUGGAAAUGAAAAUUGGCUUACCAAUGAAUCUUCUAAGCUAGCUGAAUUUGAUUCUGAAUUUACUGGGAGAUUAUGGGGAUUGUAUCAAAAGGCUUCAAAACAAGGUUAUAGUCAAAAGCUAAGAUUAGGUGUCUUUAGAUCAGAUUACUUGAUAGAUAAAAGGCAUGACGAAAUCAAACAAGUGGAAUUCAAUACCAUUUCGGUAUCCUUUGGUGGAUUAUCCUCUAAAGUUGGUCAAUUGCAUAAUUUUUUAAACGAUUCUGGUAAAUAUUCUCCUGAUAGAGGUUCAGAAUUUUAUUCAAACGAAAUCCCUGUAUCAGAGUCUGCUAUCAAAUUAGCAGAUGCAUUGGCAACAGCAGUGGAGCACUAUGAACCCCGCCAACCAAAUCCAGUUGUGGCAUUUGUUGUACAAGAUGGUGAGAGAAAUGUUUUUGAUCAACGGAUAGUUGAAUACAAUUUGUUGCAGAGCCAUGGCAUACAAACCGUUAGAUUUACACUUGAACAAGUAAAGACACAUACAUUUCUGGAGCCUGAUAGUAGAAGGUUAUAUUGGAAGAAGAGUGGUCAAGAAAUUGCCGUUAUUUGGUUUAGGUCUGCAUAUUCACCUGCAGAUUUUAAAACUGAAGAAUCUUGGGAAAACAGAUUAAUCUUGGAAACUAGUUAUGCGAUAAAGGCACCAGAUCUUUUAAUACAAUUGUCAGGUACAAAGAAGAUCCAACAGUUGUUAACCAAUCCUGAUAUUUUAGCUCAAUUUGUUCCAGAUGAGUCAUCAAGAAGCCAAUUACUAUCAACAUUUGUUAACAUUUAUCCUUUAGAUGAUUCAUCACUAGGUAGAGAAGGUAAGCGAUUGGCCUUUGAACAACCUUUCAAUUACGUUUUAAAGCCACAGCGUGAAGGUGGUGGUAAUAAUAUUUACAAAAACGAUAUACCGGAUGCCUUGAGGAAAAUGGAUGAAAAGGAUUGGGCCGCAUAUAUCUUGAUGGAAUUGAUCCAACCAGAACCUAACAAGAAAAAUGUUGUUUUACGUGGUUCAGAAUAUUAUAAAGAGCCCAUUUUAAGUGAAUUGGGAAUUUUUGGAUGUGUUCUCUUUGAUGAAUCCGAAAUUCAUUAUAACCAAUACUCUGGAUGGUUAUUGAGAUCAAAAUUCAACAGUUCGAAUGAGGGGGGUGUAGCAGCAGGAUUUGGUUGCGUAGAUAGCUUGGUCUUGUAUUGA